GGCACUGGGCGCUCCUCUGCCGAGGCCGGUCAUGGAGCAUUCUGGGAAGCGCAGUUCAAGUUUGGCAGAGCGGGCUGAUGCGGAGUGUUCUGGAAAGUGGUGGUUUCAGUUAGCAUCCGUUCCCCUUGUUCUCCGCCUGACCUCUCAGCAUGAACUGAAUGGAAGGUGAGGUCGUGACUCCUUCAGUGCUGACAGCAAGGCUCCUGGAGGCAGUAACAUUCAAGGACGUGGCCGUGGUCUUCAGUGAGGAGGAGCUGGGGCUUCUGAACGCUGCCCAGAGGAAGCUGUACCAUGAGGUGAUGCUGGAGAACUUCCGGAUGCUGCUGUCAGUGGGCUCUGCACCUCCUGGGAGGAGCAAGAACAAGAUGAGCACACACAAGGAGACGGUGACAUUCAAAGAUGUGGCUGUGGCCUUCACUGAGGAGGAGUUGAGGCUCCUGGACCCUGCCCAGAGGAAACUGUACCAAGAGGUGAUGGUGGAGAAUUUUCAGAACCUGCUCUCAGUGGGAAUUAACAAUCAGAGUGAGUUGAGGGCUGUCCAAGAUGGAAGGUCACAUGAAGCUCUUUCCGGCUGGCAAAUCUGGCAGCGGGUCAUAGACAACUUAACCAGGUGUCAAGACUGCAUGGUAAACACUGCUCAGUUACAGCGCCAUUCCCCCUGCCAGGUCGGGCCAGGGUUAUCUGCUCACGUUUCUGAAGAUGAGGCCUAUGUACAGAGUCAUCAAUUAAAGGUGCCCAUUGGUACCGGGAGACUCCCACUUCCAAUGUUGAGAACCCAGGGUUCUUGGCAGAAAAUUUUCCUGAGUGAGCCUCAGAGUCCCAAGAAUGGAUAUCAGCAGAUUUCCACCAGACGUGAACGGGGUCAGAGCAAACAGGACGCUGACUCCGCAAGUAGGGUUUCACAUUCCCACAACGAUCACAGAGUACACAAAAAUAAGGAUUCCUACAGCCCCAGUGGUUCUGGGAGAGAGAGCGUAAAGAUGGCGCCAUUUGACCAGAAUAGAGUGAUUCACACUGGCCAGAAAAAUGACCGGCCUAAAGAGGCUGUGACUGAUGUCUCCAGCCGUGACCCUCACCAUCCAUCACACUCGGGAGAGAGGUCUUGUAAAUGGGUUGAAUGUGAGAAAGGCAUCCAUCAUAGCACAGAUGGUUGUGUUUGUCAAGGAGAUCGCAUGGGAGAAAGACAUCAGGGGGCCAGUCAUGAUGCACAUCCACACAGCCAUCAGAAGGUCCACACAACAGUGAAACCAUACGAAUGUGAGCGGUGCGGAAAAUUUUUCCGUUGUAGAUCAGCACUUAAUGUUCAUUUCAAAGUCCACACCAGGGAGAGACCGUACGCUUGUGAGGCGUGUGGGAGCGCCUUCAGCCAGGCCUCUCAUCUUCAGGACCACCAGAGACUCCACACUGGGGAGAAACCGUUCAAAUGUGACGAAUGUGGUAAGAGUUUCAGUCGGAAUUCACACCUUCGGUCCCAUCAGAGAGUCCACACAGGAGAGAAACCCUACAGAUGUGAGGAGUGCGGGAAGAGCUUCAUUUGUAGCUCCAAUCUUUACAUCCAUCAGAGAGUCCACACGGGAGAGAAACCCUACAAGUGUGUGGACUGUGGGAAAGAAUUUAGCCGACCUUCAAGUCUUCAGGCCCAUCAGGGCAUCCACACUGGAGAGAAAUCAUAUGUAUGUACUGUGUGUGGUAAAGGCUAUACCCUGAAUUCCAAUCUUCAAGUCCAUCUUCGAGUCCACACUGGAGAGAAGCCGUACAAAUGUGAUGUGUGUGGGAAAGUCUUCAGCCGCUCUUCACAACUACAGUCUCAUCAGAGAGUUCACACAGGGGAGAAACCUUACAAGUGUGAGGUUUGUGGUAAGAGCUUUGGUUGGCGGUCAAAUCUUCUAAUUCAUCACAGAAUCCACAGCAGUGAUAGGUCUUCCAAGAGCACUAGAGAUGGCAAAAACACCAGGGAAUCCGUUCAGGAAAAACGUGGGCGAGUUCUGGGAAGUGUAUUCCAAGACCCUCUUUCGGAUCAGGGCGGCGAGUCCAUCCCGCACCCGCCUCAGCGCCUUCACAGUCUUCUGGGCCUGCGAGACGGCCGCUCCCGGAGACCGGAACCGCUCCUGUCGCCGGAGUCGGAAGGUGGCCGUGGCUGGGUCCCCGCGAGCCUGGCAUUAGGAGACUGCCCGGCCCUUUCCCUCACCUCCCGGGGACAGCAGGAAGCAGGGACUUGGCACAGCUGUCAGCCCCAGGAGGCAGUGACAUUCAAGGAUGUGGCAUUGGUGUUUACCACUGAAGAGCUGGGGCUGCUGGACCUCUCACAGAGGCAGCUGUACCAAGACAUGAUGCUGGAGAACUUCAAGAACCUGGUUGCUGUGGACGGCGGCAGUCCACAUGAGUCGGCGACUCUUGGGAGACUCACCGCACUGAAGCAUCUUCCCCAGGCAGAGCUGUCUUGCUGGCACAUCUGGAAACAGGCUGCACAGAAAUGGACUGGGUAUCUCCAGAGGAAGCAUCCUCCACUCCUGCAACACCGUUCCACUCAGGGUUCUGACGGUGGCAGCAGCACAAAGAGUCACAAGGGAGAGAGCUGCGGGUGCCUGGAACAAGAAGACUUCUCAAUCGCAGGAACUCAGCAUUAUUGCCAACAUCGGCACCUGCAGGGUGCUCAGAACCAGCGUGGGAAUGAGCCGGUCUGUGUGAAGCUGUGGCUGGGGCUUCCCCUUCAGCAGACUGUCCACCCAGCAGAGCGCUGCGGCAGUCAGCGCUCACGCCCAGGAGAGGAACUAGAGAAACACCAGCCACCUAGUGAUCACUUCAACAAGAGCCCCUCUCGUUCUCAGACUGGUCCCACAGACGGCAAGCCGCACAGAUGUGACAGCUGUGGGAAGAGGUUCAGCGGCAGCCAGGGUCUUAUCCUUCGCAACAGAACUCACACCGGAGAGAGGCCUCAUAAAUGUGAGGAGUGUGGCAAAUGCUUUAGUCAGAGCUCAGAUUUCCAGUGCCAUGAGAGGGUGCACACUGAUGAAGAGCCGUACACAUGCCAUCCGAGAGUCCGCACUGGAGAGAAACCGUAUGAAUGCAAGGCAUGCGGGAAAGGGUUUACCCGAAAUACAGACCCCCACAUCCAUUUACGAGUUCACACAGGAGAGAAGCCCUGUCCGUGUAAGGAUUGCGGGGCAGGCUGCAGGCAGGCUUCCAGCCUUCAAGCCCAUCAGAAGAUCCAUAUCGGAGAGAAGCAGUUCAAAUGUGAAACAUGUAGGAAGGGCUACAGUCAGUCCUCGAGGUUUCGAGCUCACCAGAGAGUCCACACUGGGGAGAAGCCAUCCGAGUGUGGAGAGCGUGACAAGAACUUGGGUCAGCCCGUUGAUCACCGGGUACGUCAGCGGGUCCACACUGGGGAGAAGCCAUACAAGUGUGAUAGCUGUGGGAAAGGCUUCAAGCAGGCUUUUGGCCUCCAUUCCCAUCAGAGAGUCCACACUGGGGAGAAGCCAUACAAGUGUGAUGUGUGUGGAAAGAGUUUUAGGUACAGUUCCCAGUUUGUCUACCAUCAGAGAGGCCACACUGGAGAGAAACCUUACAGAUGUCAGGAGUGUGGGAAAUGCUUUGGCAGGAGCCUGGACCUUCGCCACCAUCAGAGGGUCCACACGGGAGAGAAACCUCACAAAUGUGAGGAGUGUGGCAAGGCCUUCAGUCUCCCCUCCAACCUUCGAGUCCAUCUGCGGAUUCAUAUAAAGGAGAAGCUCUUUAAGUGUGAGGAGUGUGGGAAGGGCUUCAGUCAGCGCUCACGUCUUCAAGUUCACCGGAGUGUUCACACUGGAGAAAAACCAUACAAAUGUGAUAUAUGUGGAAAAGGCUUCGAGUAUGCUUCCCGCCUUCAAUACCAUAAGAAAAUCCAUACCCAAAGAAAGUAGCGGAGUGGGUGUGGUGGCAGAUGCUGGUAAACCCAGCGUUCAGAAGGCCAAGACUGGAAGAUGAUAGGUUUGGGGCCAGCCUUGGCGCCAAAGCAUGAUACAUGGAAAUGUCCAUCUUCAAGUUUUCCAAGAGUCUAUCCCAGUGCUCAGCCCUAUAAAACCAUUUCAUGUGGGAACAGGCUUCUCUCAAGUCAAGAUCUAACACACCUUGUAGCUGGAAGGUUUCUCCAGUCCUACCCAGCCCCAUGGUCCCUCAGCC